UUGUUAGAAAUAUGAGCUAACAAAAGGGUUCUUUCAUAAAAUACGCCAAAUAUAAAUCUUCCAUUGCAAUAUUUCCAAUCGGCUGCCUUCUCUUCUCUUCUCUUGCAAUUUGCAAACGGCGGCCGCCCACUCUCCUGAACAAAAACAAUUUUACGUAUUUACAAUUACCACCCUCUCAUUAAACCCUAAAAAAUCCCGGACUAACUGUUCUAACUGAGUCCUAAAAAACGUCUCAAUCGCCAACUCUCUCUCUCUUACCCUAAAAUCUCAUAACCCUAAACCUGCACAAGAUAUAUUCUUGAGGCUCAACAUUGCUUUAAUAAGCAGCUUCAAAAGCUGAAGGACGAUUUUCAGAAAUUGGGUGUUUAAUGGGUAGCAAGAAAAGAGUCACCAACUCUGAGGUGGAAGUGGUAGAGGGUCAAACUGAUUUAGCUACAGAUAAUACGGUUUCAAUGCCUUCCAAUAAGAAAAUUAAGAUGGAUAAAAAAAGGAUGUAGGGAUGGGAGAUGGGGUUGCUGCCCCUUCCUCUGUUCCUAGCUCCAUUAAACCAAUGGAGAGAAAAAAGAAGCGAAAACAAAUAGACAAGGAGAGGCGGCGUUCGGUUUUAGAAAAUGAGGAAUCUCAGCCAAAACAAAUGAAUGUUCAAUCAACGGGAAACGAUGCCCGGGAGCCUGUGGCAUCUUCAUCAACUGGUGGUUUGCCUGAGUUCCAUAUUAGUGUUUUUAAGGACUUGGCUUCAGCAGAUUCUUCCGUGAGAGAAGCAGCAGUAAAAACAAUGGUGACAGAGUUGCAGGAGGUGCAGAAGGCAUAUGAUAGGCUGGAGAAUAAGGACUUGGUUGAGGGUUGUUUGAAACUGGAAGCUCAAAAGGAUGAUGGCUUGGAUAACUGUGCAUCUUCUCUGAGAUAUGCUGUGCGUAGGUUGAUACGUGGUGUUUCUUCCUCAAGAGAGUGUGCUAGACAGGGUUUUGCAUUGGGUUUGACUGCUUUGGUGGCUACUCUUCCUAGCAUUAAAGUAGACUCCUUGUUGAAACUUAUAGUUAAUUUGUUGGAAGUCUCAUCAUCAAUGAAGGGUCAGGAAGUGAGAGAUUGCCUCCUGGGUCGUUUAUUUGCUUAUGGUGCUCUUGCCCGAUCUGACAGACUUACUAAAGAGUGGUUUUCUGAUAAAGAUACUCCUUACAUCAAGGAAUUUAUGAGUGCUCUUCUCUCCCUUGCAGCAAAAAAACGAUAUUUACAGGAGCCUGCAGUUUUAAUCAUUUUAGAAUUUGUUGAAAAGCUGCCUGCUGAAGCAUUGUCGGAUCAUAUUCUUGAAGCUCCAGGAAGUCCUCAGUGGUUUCAAGAAGCCAUUGAUGUUGGAAAUCCUGAUGCUUUGCUUUUAGCUUUAAAAAUUUGUGAAAAAACGUCCAUUAACAGCAAACCAUUCAGCAAACUUUUGCCAAAUCCGUUCAGCCCAAGCAAACUUUUCUCUGCUGAUUAUCUAUCCUCUAUUGAUAACUGCUUGAAGGAAUCAACAUUUUGUCAACCCCGGGUUCAUAGUUUGUGGCCUGUUCUGGUAAAUAUUCUCCUACCUGAUACUAUUUUGCAGGCCGAAGAUGCAGUAUCAGUUUCUAAUUCCUUAAAGAAGCACAAAAAGGGUCGUAAGUCUAGCUCUUCUGAAGAAGAAAUUGCAAAGAACAUCCAGUGUUUCUGUGAAGUUGUUAUUGAAGGGUCCCUCCUUCUGUCAUCUCAUGAUCGUAAACACCUAGCACUUGAUGUUCUGCUUCUUCUCCUGCCAAGGUUACCUUCAUCUUUUAUACCAAUUGUUUUGUCAUACAAACUUGUUCAGUGCUUGAUAGAUAUACUUUCCACGAAAGAUUCCUGGUUGUAUAAAGUUGCACAGCGUUUUCUUAAAGAAUUGUUAGACUGGAUUAGGAAUGAUGAUGUGAGAAGAGUAGCUGUUAUUGUGGCCUUUCAGAAGCACAGCAAUGGAAAGUUUGAUUGCAUUACGAAGACAAAAACGGUUAAAGAUUUGAUGGCAGAGUUCAAAACAGAAACCGGUUGCAUGUUGUUUGUUCAGAACUUGAUUAACUUGUUUCUGGAUGAAGGUCAUGCUUCUGAGGAACCUUCAGAUCAGAGUCAAACAACUGAUGAGAAUUCUGAGAUAGGCUCAAUCGAGGACAAGGAUUCUAUUGGAAUUGUGGGGAAUGCUGAUUUUUUGAAAGGCUGGGUCAUAGAAUCCCUUCCUAGUGUUCUGAAACAUUUAAAGUUGGACCCUGAAGCAAAAUUUCGAGUGCAAAAGGAAAUAUUGAAGUUUCUAGCUGUUCAAGGUCUAUUCUCUGCAUCUCUUGGCAAUGAAGUUACUUCAUUUGAAUUACAGGAGAAAUUUAGAUGGCCAAAAGCAACCACCUCGAGUGCUCUUUGUAGAAUGUGCAUAGAACAGGUCCAAUCACUGCUGGCAAAUGCUCAAAAGGUUGAGGAGCCACGAUCUUUGGCUAAUGGACUUGAGCCAAAUGACCUUGGUUGCUACUUUAUGCGGUUCUUUAGCACAUUACGCAACAUUCCUUCAGUUUCACUCUUUCGAACUUUGAGUGAUGAGGACGAACAGGCAGUCAAAAAAUUGCAAGAAAUGGAGAGUAAACUCUAUAAAGAGGAAAGGAACUGUGGGCUCAGCAGUGAUGCAAAUAAAUUGCAUGGAUUUAGGAACUUGCUUAUCCUAUUGCUACUCCAAGUGCUCCUCCGACCUGGGGAAUUUUGUGAUGCAGCCUCUGAGCUUAUCAUAUGUUGUAAGAAAGCUUUUGCAGCUCCUGAUGAUCUCGAUUCAUCUGGAGAAGAUGAGUUGGACAGUGAUGCAGCGCCAGAAUUAAUGGAUGUUCUUGUGGAUACUUUGCUUUCCCUGCUGCCACAGUCAUCAGUCCCUAUGCGGUUUGCUAUUGAGCAGGUUUUCAGAUAUUUCUGUGGUGAUGUCACUGAUGAUGGACUGCUGCGUAUGUUGCGGAUAAUUAAGAGGGACUUGAAACCUGCUAGACAUCAGGAAGCAGGCAGUGAAGAUGAUGAUGAUGAUGAUGACCUUCUUGGUAUUGAAGAAGAUGAGGUUAUAGAUGAAGCUGAGACUGGUGAAACGGGUGAGAGUGACGAACAAUCAGAGGACUCUGAGGCAGUAGUUGGCGGUGAGGAGGCUGAUAAAGAACUUCCUGAAGAUUCUGAUGAUUCUGAUGGAGGAAUGGAUGAUGAUGCAAUGUUCCGCAUGGACACUUAUCUUGCCCGGAUCUUUAAAGAGAAAAAGAAUCAGGCUGGUGGUGAAACUGCACAGUCCCAGCUUGUCCUGUUCAAACUCCGAGUUCUUUCACUUGUGGAAAUUUACUUACAUGAAAAUCGAGGCAAGCCCCAAGUCCUCACAGUAUACUCAAACUUGGCUCAGGCAUUUGUCAAUCCACAUACUACAGAAGGCAGUGAACAACUUGGACAGCGUAUAUGGGGAAUUCUUCAAAGGAAGGUAUUCAAAGAAAAGAAGUUGCCCAAGAAUGAAUCUAUGCAACUGUCUACUCUUGAAUCUCUAUUGGAGAAAAACCUAAAGCUGGCAUCUAAACCAUUCAAGAGAAAGAAAUCUGCUAGCACCCUAUCCCAGAAGAAGCUGUCAGCCUCUUUGAACAGAUACAAAAUGAUUGUUUCGCUUGCUCAGAAUUCAACAUACUGGAUAUUGAAGAUCAUUGAGGCGGCAAACUUCUCAGACACUGAAUUGCAGGGAAUUUUUGAUCUCUUACAGUCUAUGUUAGUGGGGUAUUUUGACAGUAAAAAGUCCCAAAUAAAAUCUGGAUUUUUGAAAGAAAUAUUUAGAAGAAAUCCUAGGAUUAGCCGUCAACUCUUUAGUGUGCUGUUGGACAAAUGUGGCAGUGCAAAAUCAGACUUUCGACGGGUUGAGGCUCUUGAUUUGGUGAUUGAAGUAUUGAAGUCUCAGGUUCCCAUGAAUUCUAAUGAAAGCAACCGGGAUGCAUCAAAGGAAAUCUUGAAAAGCCAUCUGCAGAGUCUGAGUCAUCUAAUAGAGACGUUGGUAACAAGGAUGCCUGAAAAGAAGUCUAGAAAAACUGAAGUGCAUAAAUUUUGUGAUAAGAUCUUCCAGAUGAUAUCAACACUAGACCUAUCCAAGGCUUUUUUGAGGUGUUUGGGACAAGAUGCUCAUAAUGCUUGUGAAUCUCAACUUGGUCCCGUUUUUCUCAAGUUGAAGAAGCUUGAAUGAGAACUGAAAACAGAUAUUUGUGGAAACAACUGACGAAGGGCAACUGAUUUUGGCUUGCCUUGCUUACGCUGCUUGCACGCAGUCUCGUGACUCUCCUUGCUACAACCAGCAUGGCUUCAAAAAGAAGACUUUAUUUGAGGAACUUUAGUGGUCUCUUCUGAUUGUUGCUCAAGUCUCCCUUGUUGAGAAUCAAAAACUGUUGUCAGUUAUAUUCUAGUUCCUUUGCUUUCUUCAAA